AUGUCCGGCUUCGAUCCGUCGUACUUUGGCGGGCCCGACGACAGCACGCUCGCAUACCGGCAGCAGCAGCGUCGCAAGGUCAAUACCUGCCUCCAAUGCAAGACGCGCAAGGUCAAGUGCGACAAGGUGCGCCCGCACUGCGGCCCGUGCAAGCGGCGCCGCAUCCCCGUCGAGCGGUGCAACUGGGCAGAAGAGACGGACCCAGAGACGUUCCAGCAGGCGGCCGCAGCAGCCUCGGUCGGCGGCUUCUCACACCACCAUGCCGGCGGUGCCGGUCGCGAGAGCUCGGACUGGUCGUCGCCUGCCUUUGAACCGGCCCCAUCUCCGGCGCCCCUGCCGCUGCCCCAGGAGCCGACAACGCCUGUCGCGCCCGGCUCGACGCUGCUCGGGCUGAGCGACACCGAUGCUCGCACGGUGCUUGAGCGCAUCUCGCGGCUCGAGAUGCGGAUGCGUGGCUCUGAGCCCGACUUUGGCAGCCCCACUCCGUCUGCCGUCGACGCGGCGGCCGGCUCGCCGCUCGUUUCUGCUCAGGGCCGACAGAUCGACGCUGCUGCGCUGGCGGGUGCCGCCCAUGCCAGGGCAGUGCACUCCGCCAAUGCCGCUGCGGCGGGCCCGUCGGCGAGCUCGACGACGGCGCGAUCCUCCGCGCCACCGCAGUCGGCCGAAGUCAUCUCGCUGAUCGACGACGAUGAUGACGACGGAGGAUUGGAUGUCGCGGCAGUCGACCGCCUCCCCGGCACGACGCCCAUCGAUGGUGGCGCACCCUUCCCCUUUGCCUCGACCGCGACAAAGGACAAGAUCGAGCUCAUCGUGGGCUCUCUGCCCAACGACCACGCCAUCAACACGCUCCUCGACGGCUUCCGAACCUACGAGAGGCUGGUGCCGCUCGGCAUCAGCUGGCGCCUCUUUCGAAACCAGCUCAUCGGCCUGCGCGGCGACAUUGCCGAGUGGCGCAACGGCUUCGUCGAGGAUCUCGGCGUGGAUCUCAGCUUCCUCGCGCUCCUCUUCGAGGUCAUGGCCGCCGCCGCCGAAUGCCGCCCAGCCGAGGACCUUGUGCGCCAAGGAAUCGCCACGGGCGUCGAUGCCGUGUCUGAUCUGAUUGAGCAAUGGCACGAUACCUGCAAGGCUCUGCUGGGCAUGGGCGAUCUCCUCGAGCAGCCUAACCUCAACACACUCAACGCGCUUUCGCUUUUUGGCGUCCAUGCAGCGAAUCGCGGCAAGGUCGGCUCCUCGAGCGUCUAUGCACGCAUGUGCCUGACACUCGCCCGCAAGCUCGGGCUGCACGCGCUUGGCACCGCAGAGCUAGACCGCCAACGAUGGCAGUCGCGACCCGAAGACGACGACACCACGGUCCGCACCGGGCCUAUCGCUGCUGUGCGCAAGGCGCAGUUCCAGGACGACACCGAGUAUCAGGCCGCGGAGGAGGCGGACCUGCUGCGGCAGCUGCUCUCGUCGACCGACGAUGGAAUCGUCCCGCGCCGCGAGGACGACAUGCUCGAGGCGGUGCUGCCGGAUCGGUCGCACCUGGUGCGCGAGUCGGCGAGGAUGCUCUGGGCCCAGCUCAGGUGGCAGUCGGCCAUGUGCGGCGACUGGGCUGCCGUCGAGGGCGAGACGUCGCGCGUGACACUGGGCGUCGAGGAGGCAGAGCUUGCCGACGGCGAGAGCCUCGAUGUGCCCGCUUCGAGCUUUGAAGGCACAGCCGACGGAGUGGACCAGACACGCACCACCACCUCGAACCUCGCACUGCACCGCGAUAUCGACCAGAUGCUCGGCGUCGUGGCCGCGUCCGCAGCACCCGGCGGAGGCCGGGCAACGUUGACGCCUCACGAGAUCCAAAAGAUGCUCGAGGACCUAGCAUCCUGCCACCCACCGACGCGGAGCGAGGCCGGGUUGCCGGACAGGGUCAAGGCACAUGACAGUCUGCGCCUCCUCACUGCCAGCUGGCUCGGCCUGCGCGCGACGCGUCCGUUUCUGCGCACCAGCGAUCCCGUCGCCCAGCUCGCGGUCAAGUCGGCACGGGCAGUGCUGCGCGCCGCCGAGGCCUUGCGCGGCGUCGCUGCGGCGUCGACAAAGCCGUUGGCGCCCUGGUUCGACGUGGCGCUGCUGCAGGCCGGGCUGGUGCUGGCCGUGCAUCGCCUGGUGCACAUCGAGCGCGGCUUGGCACAAGAUGUCGCGGCGCUCAAGUCGGAGCUGGACGCCGCCCUGGCGCUCGUCGCCACCUCGUCUGAUGCGCCAGACGAGCACGACGAAGGCGAUGACGAUGGCGAUCCAGGGUCCAAAUCGCCGCGCAAUGGCGCCCGCCUCCUCACGGCCCUCGCCGCACUCGUCGAGCAGCGGCAGCGGGAGUGGGCGAAAUGCGGACCCAAGGUCAAGAGCGAGGAUGGCGAUGACGGCAACGCGGCCAUGGACGUCGAUCCGCCCGCAAACGCCGCCGCCUCGCGGGAUGACGACGCCGCCCCGGCAGGGCGGGCACAGUCCGAGGCACAGGUCCAAGAGAAUGAGGCGGCCACGUCGCUGUCGGAGCACGAUCCGGUCAGGCCUUACUUUGAGGAGCUCCGCAAGAUGAGGCCAGGGGCUGCCGAGAGGCAGGUCGUCGACCUGCCAGGCUUUUGGAGGCUGCUCGAGGGCGUAUCAUGA